AUGCCCCUCCUGCUCCGACGCCUCGCCGCCGUCGUCCCGGUGUCCCUGCGCCGCUCCCUCUGCACGGCGGCCUCGCCCUCGCCCUCUCACCCUCCGUGGACCAUGCUCUACAACAGGCCGGCGCUGAACGAGUCAGGGGCGCCGCCGCCGCCACCGGGCGCGCGCGCGUCCCUCGACCACUUCGAAGCCUCGUUGGUCACGCAGCUCUCCGUCCCUGCCCACCUCGUCGACCCCGACGGGGACGCCACGGGCUUCCUCGGCGGCACCGUCUGCGCCGCGAGCUCCGACGGCCUUCUCCUCCUCGACUUCGACGACGCCCGCCAGUUCCGGCACAGCUGGCUACACGAGUUCUACGCGGCCGGCGGCCCCGUCGAGCCGGACGCGUCGCGCUUCGUCUGCAACCCUCUCAGCGGCCAGCUGUUCCGCCUCCCUGCCCCGGGCAUGGCCGUCUCAAAGAUGGGCACGCCCUUCGGCCUGCUCACCGACUCCUCCGACGGCUCCCACGGCGGCCCGCCUGAUAGAUACGUGGUCGCUCAGCUCUGCCGCGGCGGGUGCGGGGAACUGGGGAGCCGCAGAGUCGUGCGCCGGUUCCUGUCGGAAACAGGGGCGUGGGACGAGCAGGAGCUGGUCGGGCCGUCCACUGUCCCGGCUGGGCGGAAAAUGUGCAUCGACCUGAAGCACGAGGUGGUGGCCUUCGGCGGCCGGCUUUGGUGGGCCGACGUGAAAUGGGGCGUCUGCUCCGUCGACCCGUUCAGCGACCAGCCGGAGCACCGCUUCGUCGAGCUGCCCCAGGGCAGCGUGCUGCCUGACCUGGCUGGCAUGGCGGGGACCUCCACGCUGGGCAGGUACCGGCGUGUGGGGGUCAGUGAGGGGAAGCUGCGCUACAUCGAGGUGUCCAACACCAGGAAUCCAUUCGUGGUCAGCUCGUUUUCGCUCGACGAAGAGGGCAGCUGCUGGACGCUGGAUUACAAGAUAAAAGCUACCUCAAUCUUGCCCCAAGGUUUCGAACAGUUGGAACACAACAUACCCUGUAUUGCUGCCAUCGAUCCGUUCAAUGCCAACUUUGUGUACCUCAACUAUGGCCCUCGCAUUGUUCUUGUUCUGGACAUGGCUAAGGGGAAAAACUUGGGAGGGUUUUUUCUUCCAGAAAGAAUCGGCUGUCAAACCUUGUGCCCCUCUGGUUUCCUUGUGCCCUGCAUGCUCCCGACAUGGCUUGAAUCAAGCCAUAUCCCUUGUGCAGGAUCCCUUUCGAGCAAGAAGACGAGUUGCAAAAGGAACACUUUGGCAGGCAUGCUGGUUCGUGCAGACAGAGAUCAGAAAAAAUGAAGUGUGCCAGCUAACUUAUCUGUGGUUUCUUAAGAUUGACCAACAAGUUGGUUGAUGGUGGCACUGAAAGAUAGGAACUCCAUUUUGAAGAAAUUCUGGGACAAUUUUGGGCCUGUUCCAUUUGCUGAUAUGCU